GUUGUCACCUGUAUGACGUCAUCCAUUCCAACCGCAGCAUAGCGACCGAGCUUGACUACAGGGGGAGAACCGCACACAGCCGCUUAAAGCAAAAGACAACCUUUUAAAACACACACGAAAAAGAAACAAAUCACUUUUUAGGAAAAUUGCCGAGAAGCUCAGGCCGUGACGGGAAUGCAUCGACAACACGAGAAAAUAUGGAGCUCGCUCGUGUGGACUAACUAACUGUUUACGUUGCCAUACAACGAGCUAACAGGCUAGCAGAGUUGUCGCUAAAACAUGGUGGGGCGACAAAAACUCCAGACGGGCACAAGUAUUUCUUAAUCUUCAAUUUUCUUUGAUGCUGAAAAUUAUUACUUUUUUAUUGCUUUCUUUUCUACGCGAAUUUUAUUUUUGAAAGUUCAGAAGACGAAAACUCGAGUACGACCCUCGAAAGUUUUUUUUUUGCUCCACUUAACGUCCAUCGAGCUCUACUGGAAAAGGAUGAUCGAUUAAUCUGAUUGAUUAAUAAUGCACAAGAAACGAGGAAUUUCUUAUCAUGAACACAACAGCACUGGGAAAGUUACGCGGAUUCCGAGCAUCACACCCUCAUCCAUUCAUUUAACACUAUUCACGCGAGAAAACAAUGGUCUAGGUUGGCUGUAGGAAUUUUGGGAUUCGUUGGACUAACGUGGAAAACAUGGAUUAAAACUCUAUCUGUGGUUAUUUAAUGGCACUUGCUUUAUGCAUUGGGUUUAAAUUCGGACUACUUCAGGCAAAGCAACACAUGGUUUGCUUUCAGAUCAAUUUAGAAGACUUACAGAGAAAAUUACAUGGAGACUAGUUGGUCAUGCCAAGGAAGGAGUUACCAUUGCCAGAGGGUUGGGAAGAGGCCCGAGAUUUUGACGGGAAGGUCUAUUAUAUAGACCAUAUAAACCAAACCACCAGCUGGAUUGACCCAAGGGAUAGGCAGACUAAACCUCUGACUUUCGCCGACUGUAUUGGAGAUGAGCUGCCUGUGGGUUGGGAGGAGGCCUAUGACCCCCAUGUCGGAGCCUAUUAUGUGGAUCACAAUACCAAGAGCACCCAGCUGCAGGAUCCUCGGGCCCAGUGGCAGCAUGAGCAGGAGCUUAUGUUGCGGGACUAUCUUGGUGUGGUCCACGAAGCAUUGACCGCCCAAAAAGAGAUCUACCAAGUCAAAGAGCAGCGGCUUCAUCUGGCCCAGCAGGAGUAUCGGCAGCUAAAUGAUGCUUGGCGGGACAAGUCCACCUCGCAGACCAGCUUAAAUUCCAGGUCCUCAUCAAGCAGUAAAUAUGACCCUGAAAUCCUCAAAGCGGAGAUUGUUACAGCCAAAAGCCGGGUAAAUAAGCUGAAGAGAGAUUUGGCUUUUAUGAGACAAGAACUGCUUUAUAAGGAGCAAGGCUUUGAGACGUUGAAACAAAUUGAUCACAAAGUGUCCAAUUUGUCACACGGAUACAAACUGCAGGAGGCCCAGGUCAUCCUAAAGGAGGUGAAGAACAUUAAAGAUGCCAUCAGCUCCGGGGAGAAGGAAAAACAGGAACUUAUGCAGAAACUGGCGGUGCUGAAAGAUGCAUUCCAGUUAGACUACGGUUCCCAGUCUGAUCUAUGGGCCAGCAAUCCGUCUCUGGCCAACUCGAACCUCUCCCUGCCUCGCCUGUACUCAGACGCUGAAUCUCAAACAGAUAUACCUGUUGAGUUUGUAUCAAACUCAAAUAAACUGGCUGAGAAGGUACGACUGAGCCUGAAAUAUGAGGAAGCAAAAAGAAGGAUUGCAAAUAUUGAGGUCCAGAUUGCCAAGCUGGACAGCGAGGCAUGGCCGGGCCUGCUGGACCCGGAGAGGGAUCGCUUGAUCCUCAUCAAUGAGAAGGAAGAACUGCUAAAGGAACUGCAAUACGUUAACCCGCGCAAGCGCGCGCCCAGCGAUGCAGAGAAGAUCGAGUCGGAGAAAAAACGACUUGAGAAGGACCUGCAGGCUGCACGGGACAACCAGAGUAAAGCAUUGACCGAGAGGUUAAAGCUGCACUAUAAGAGAAGCAAACUAGUGAAGGAACUCGAAGAGACAGUGAGGACGGCAUCUUCCCUGCACACCCAGCUAAAGAGCUUAUCAGCCAGCACGCUGUCAUGUUCUUCAGGGAGCAGCCGCGGCUCGCUGACCUCCAGUCGAGGGUCCCUGGCCACCUCCAGCAUGGGCUCCACCUCCUCCCUCAGCUUCACUGAUAUCUACCUGGAACAGCCUGAGCUGGGCGACCCUGACUUUCAGAACAAAAUGGACUCCAUUUUGCAGGAGGGAAGCGCUUCCGGCUACAGGCCAUCCAGCUCCAUUACCACCAUCCAUGAGAAUGAGGUCUCCUCCUGCAAGCCUGCCAACGGUGGGCCGGGGGUCGGCCAGCGAGCGCAAGCUCUGCGGUCGUCGGAGACGCCUCACUCCAUGAGUUCCCUUUCGCCGCGUUCCUCUUUGUCUUCCCUCUCUCCUCCCUGCUCACCUCUUAUCACAGACGCUUCCUUCUUGUCGGGAGAGGCCUUCUCUGGUCCGGCCUCACAGAUGGACUUGGACCUGCAGACCAGACUGAUGGAUUUAAGGCUUAAUGAAAACCAGGAACAAGCUGACAGCAAACAAGACAGCAUUAUGGCCGCAGUAGAGGCUUCAAAAGAUGGUGUUACGCAAACGAGGGUGUCGGGACCCGGACCAAAGAAGGUGGGCGUAACGUCGGCCGUGUCUGACGAAUCGGUAGCGGGAGACAGUGGGGUGUAUGAGCCCUCAGAGAAGAGGUGUCGUGUUGACUCCCACAGGCCGGGACUUCCUGCCGAGCAGCUUCUGGGUUUUGAUGAUGGGAGCUCGGUGAGCAGCUCUCAGAUCAAACUCGGCCUGAAGUACGAGGUGAAGGAGAAGAGGUUCACAGUGUUCGUCAUCCAGAUCACCAACUGUAGCGCUCUCUCCCUGCCAGCCAACCAGAACAUAUAUGUUCGUGUGGCGGUGCUGCCGUGCUCGGAGCCCAUCCGCUGUCUUUUCCGUACCCGUGGUGCUCUUCCACAGGAGUCUUUAGAGCUCAAGGAAGUGUUUGGCCUGCAGAUGUCAUCCAGUGCUAUCAGACAGAAGACCUUGCGUAUUGACAUCUGCACCACCAGCAAAUCUGGCCGUGAAGACUGUCUGGCUGGAGCUCAGAUAAGUUUAGCCGAUGAGGAGUUUUCAGAGGAGUGGUGCACCAAGUGCUACAAUCUUUUGAACUACUUGUACAUGCCGGAAAUAGAUGGAAAGCACAAUGACCAAGAGACCUCCACCCAGCUGAGAUCAGUUGCCAGCAGCUCAGAGAACACAGUUGUACACCUGGACAACACUGCUUUAGAGGACUGGCCUGCAGAGGUGUUAGAGACUGAUGUGUUUGUGGAUGAAGUCGUCAGUGAUGUUGAGGAGGAUGAAGACUUUUAUCCUGAUGACUGCCAGUGGGAGCAGGGGGAGGAGCCGGUGAAACUUGAACCCACAGCUGUCAUAACGGAAAAGGUUAAUAAAGAGACCAGUGUAGACGGUCUCCCUCAUUCUGCAUCUGUGGUCCGGCCCAAAGAGAGACGACAUGACGUCCAUCAGCAAAACCCUUUUAUGCGUGGGAACACCAUCAUCCGCUCCAAGACAUUUUCUCCUGGACCACAGAGCCAGUAUAUCUGCAGGAUCAAUCGCAGCGACAGUGACAGCUCCACCCUUUCUAAAAAAUCCCCAUUUGUCCGGAACGCCUCAGAGAGACGCAGCGUUCGAAUGAAGAAGCCACCCAUGCAGGCCAAAGGUCUGGAUGGUCUUCUCCGUACCUCUCUAGAUCUGGAGCUGGACCUGCAGGUCACCCGCACGCGGCACAACCGUUUGAACGAGGAUCUGCGUGUGCUGCGGGAACUGAAGGAACAGCUGGAAAAGGCCAGACAGCAAGGCCAGCGCACCCUUCCCACGUGGGUGCAAGAGGACGAACGUUUUCGACUUCUACUCAAACAGGCAGAGAGACAGACAAAGGAAGAGCAGCUACAGGAACAGAGGGUGGAGAAGAUGAUGCGGGCAGCAGCUAAAGAUGUGCACAAGAUUCGUGGGCAGAGCCUCAAAGAGGUCCCUGGAGUCCAGUCUUUCAGAGAGAAGAUGGCCUUCUUCACCAGAGCGAAGAUAAACGUUCCCGAUCUACCAGCCGAUGACGUGUAGGGGAUCUCAAGUAUUUUCGUCUGAACUGCUGUUUCCACGGAAACAAAACUGACGUCUGGCGGUAUUAUGAAGAAUUGCGUGAGAAAGCGUACGUUUGGACAAGAAAUGUCAUUUUGAAUCACUGGGUUAAAACUCUCAAAACUGAAAUUGUAUAGAUCCACGUGUCUUACUCUUGGUUUUAAUCCUAGAUUUCUUUAUUUUUUUGUACUGUCACAUCAUUCUGUUACUAAUAAGAGUAUGUCUGUAUCUGUACUAGGUAUUUUAGCGGUCUUUCAUAAACACAAUGUCUCUUUGAAAUAAGUUUGAAACAUGCUGCUCUGCCGAUGGGGCAGGACUGAGCACUGUAACUCUCGAUGAUGUGAAUACAAUAACUUACGGUACUACUUCUGUUUAUAGCACAAGGAUUCAGAAAUCAGUAUAGUACUUAACGUCGCAGCGACAAAACCAAUGGGCAUAAAUCCUGCUACGCAGACACACGUAUUCUGUCCACAUUUAUGUUCGAUAGUUUUAAUUUUGCAAAUGUGUACACCGUUGUUAGCCAGCAUGAAACUAAAGCAUGACAGAUAGCUAGACUGGUUAUUAGAUUAAGUAGAUUGCUAACAUAUCUCUGUGUUGGUUUCGGUAGCUGCACAUGAAAACAAGACACGCGUUCGUUUUUCCAAAUGAUGUAGAAACUGCACUUAGAUCCACAGACUCUCAGGUAGAAUAACAGAUAGUUAAUGCACUUUAAUAGAAAUCAGAAAAAGGCAUUGAUGUAGAGAAUAAGAACAUCUUUUGAGGUUUAUUAGCUUUCCAUCAUAUUUUUCACAAUGAUAUUCGAUGUUGUCCCAAAACAGAUUAGCUUCAAGCUACAAACGCAGGUGUAAUUGUAGUUUAUGUGAAUAAUAAUCUGUCAUUCAGGUAAAGCUUAUAAUACUAAUAAUAGAGUCAUCUAUUGUGUCGAAACUAACAAAACAGUACUGAAGAAGCCUUUAGUAUUGUGUUUAGGCGAAUCUCAAAUCUAAAUAAGGAUUUAUUUGCAUUGUGAUAUAAUUUUAAUGACAAUUAAUCACAAUUACCCCCAAUUUCAUAGUGAAAACCUGGUAAUAUGAAAAAACUGUAGUAUGGUUAUACAAAUCAAGUUUGUAUAAAAAUAAAAUCUGCAUAAAUAAAUGUAGUGAGCUACAAGUGUAGUUCUGUUUUUAUGCAUACGUGAGGGUCUGCAUACAGUGCACGUUACGAAAAUUUUGUCAUCACAAUAGUACGCACACACUUGUAUGUUCAUCGCCGUAUUUUUGUAACCAUGCAUACUUUUCAUGCAUUUGUGCGUCGGGGAGAAUGUAGUAAGUAGCCCAGGAAAUGCAUGGCGCAUGCGUGGGACGUCUGUGUACACGAACGAGUCACAUAAACUAAGCUUUGCCAUAGAUAUGUACACUAGAUGUCGCCUUGGCUACGGCAGUUCAUUGGACCGAAUGCGUCAACUAGAGCCGCCAUCUUGAAACAGGGGAAUCCCGCAUCAGCGGCAUUGUAGGCAAUGGUGUAACGGAAAUAAAAUCACCAUAAAUCGUCAUGACCGCGAUUUUCUUGGUUUUCUUUUGGUUCGUUUCAACAGUCAGACAUGUUUUUACCAUUUAGUACAGGACAAAAUAAAAGUUUUGAUUUUAUGAAAAUGUUCUUUUUCUAACUGUAAUGCAUAGUGAUGGUAGCCCUAACAUCCAUACUCAGCACAAAAGUCUGGCAUCGUUCAUGAAUUUGAAGUACAGGCAGAGAUAGCAGCUUUACAUAGAUACUUCCUAUGACAAGACUUUUUUGACGAGGUUUUGACGUAUGCUCAGAGCCCCAAGGCGACAUCUAGUGUAUAUAUCUAUGAAGCUUUGCAAGGUUGUGUGUUCGACGUACACUGUACUCCGGGCUUUACAGUGUACAAAUGUAUAAUUUUCUGUAUGAAGCACAGUAGGCUUUUGGAAAUUGGGGGAAAUGCUAUGAAAUAAUACCGCAAUGCAAAUAAUGCGCAUACAGAUUCGCCUUCUUUCGAUUUUGACAUGAAAUGAAAACAUUGGCCUGUUUACCCUGCUGAAAAAACAAUAAAACCAUUACAGAAUAUUCUAAUGGUUUCCAUUAAAAUACCAAUAGGAACCAUUAGCUUUUACCUUUAAAACCACUACACUGUAGUGUGUUUUGGGCCAUAUUCCAUUAGAACCAAUAAAAUUCCCAAUAAAACCAAUAAAGCCAAUAGAAUUUCUGUGAUGGUGUCUAUUGUUUUUUUUUUAGCAGGGUAUGGAUCAAACAAAUAGGAAGCACAUUUUAAAACUGGAGCACGAUCAUCUCAAACACAUGUAGGUCACUGCAGAGGCACAGUUCGUGAUUCCCAACUCUCCCUGUAAACACUUAAUAAUGUAUCGCACCCAUUGCAGACAUCCAAUCAUGUAAUGUUUGGAUAUCGUGCAUAUAGAAAGAAUGGUGACAUUGACAUGUAAAUGAGCACUAUUAACUGUAUCAAAAUGGAUUUUUCCUCAUCAGGUCUUCAUCUGCUGCAAAUCUUGUAUUUUGGUAAUAGAUGACUAUGAUUGUUCCAUGCGAUUCUGAUUCUUUUUCAACAAUUGCUUUUAACCUUUGUGAGCAAAAUUGGAUGUUUGAAUGUAGCACUUUAAAAAAAAGCCCCAAUUCACACAACCUUUUAACUUAACGUUAUUAUAAAAUCAGUCAUUAAAAGCCCAGUUUUGGGUUUUGGCCACAUUUCAAUGUUACAUUAAAUCUCACGAUUGAUCUUUACUAAAUUAAGCAAAGCUUUUUGUUGCACAGUUCAUGGGCCGUACAUUUGAGGUCCUAACACUUCUUUACACUAAUAUUAUCCUCCUGUGCUAUUUAUAAAGCCUCAGUAAAACAUCAAAUGCUUAACCUCAAAGCAGUUAUACAUUUUUUGGUGAUUAAAAGCAGACAGCAAAGCUUAUUUUCAUUCAAUAUAAUAAUAGCAAUAUUAGCUGCAUGCAAAUACUGGACUUGACUAACUGGACCAUGACGUAUUUGACAGCGCAAUGACUUUAGAGUUUAAAAAUCCAGGAAGGAUUACUACUCCAAAAAACCUAGUUUCUUGCUCCACCCUGUGGCGUAAACACUAAUACAAUCCAAUAAGAAAUGAAUGUCUGAUUCAUUGCAUGCCGUGUUUAGUGGAAAAGCUAGAUGCGCACUUUUUGCAUUGACACGAUAAAUGUAUUGAAUUGAUUUUCCAUUGCAAUUCAGUUGUCUUGCAUGAUUUAGGACUUAACAGAAUCCAUCUGUGCAGUUUAGCAUAUUUAUUUUAGAAGAUGGCGUACUAUAACAACAUUUAGACCUGCCUAAAAUGCUGUCCCAAAGCCUUAAAUUUAGCCAAAUAUCUAUAAUUCACUAAUUUCUUGCUCUUGUACUGUGUUUCAUAUUUUCUUGUACUUUAUUUCAGUUCAUUUAGGAGCAUUUGUGUUUUCUUCGGCUCGCGUUGUAUUGUUUUUACAUUGUAGCACAGAUAGUAAACUGCCAAACGUAGACUCCUGUUGGCUACAUCCUAGCUCAGUUUAAACAGGUGCUGUGUGAUGUGAAUUCUUCUCACAUGGGCAUUUUAAGAGAAAAACAGUUUUAUUAUUUUUACCAGAGCCUUUCAGAUUUACUGUGUUUUACCCAUGUUUUAGGAUUUUGAAUUGUUUGAUUUGUAUGUGCGAGAAGCGGUGUGUCCCCUUCAAACAUUAUGUGCAUGUAUUAUGUAUGUAAUGCUGUAGAAUGUAAACCGUUUACCUGGAAACACUACGAUUGAUCUUAUUAUGAGAAAACUCGAACAAGAGCAAACAAGUCUUAUGUUGUCACUAUAGUAUGCUAUCAUACAGUACAUUUGUGUAUGGUUGAAGAAAGAAUUGAUUUGUGUGCUCUUCAACUAUCCAAUCCGAGUUUUAUUCAUUCAUACGUCAUGUAAGACUUGUCAUAAUUAAUCAGUAGGUGAAAACGCUGUCAGUAUCUGAUGCUGGUAGGCAUGAAUGAUUUGUUGUGUUAUUGUUCACAGUAGGACUUUUAUUUUGGAAGCCCCGGUGCAUAUUUUGUUAUCUUAUUGUAAUGAACCUGAUCUGAUCACAGAGAUGGUUUGAGAAGUACAGCUUGAAUUUGUUGCACUUUUGUGAUUUGGGUUUGCUGUCUUUUCUUUUUUUUUCAUGUGAGACUUCUGAAAGCUGUGAAUUUUAUCAUCGACACUGUACUGUCAACGAGAAUUGUAAAUAUAUCACCAGCACAAGAAUAUGUUUUGUAGUUUCACAACAAAUAUAAAUAUGUUCCUCUCUUCUAA